UGAAGCCCCCACAUGUGCAUGAAAAAGCACAAAAGAUGACCAUUGAUGACACAAAGCUGAACAUCGGGUUAAGCACGGAAGUCUCUGCUAAAUCUCUCAGCCAGGAACAUCAAAAGCAAAAUGCAGAUCCAGAACCUCAAGCUCAAUCAAAUAUGAAAGUGAAAAUGCAACACGAAAUUUUGGAUAACCAUCAAAAGAUACAUGGGUUUCUCAAGGAUGGUAGUGAAGGACUUCAUAGGCAUAUGGAACUGCAAAAAAUCGAGAUAAAACCUCUAGUAGAUGAUGGAAAUGUGCCAGUUGAUGAUGAUACACCAUUCUUACAUACAGGACCUUGUGGGAAAGAGGAAGAAAGUAAUUUUGAGAAGAAUGAUAUGAUUGGUAGCCAAUGCAUUGAAGGAUUAUCAAAAGUUUUAGCUGGUGAUGCCACUGUUUUCUCCCAUUCCCCUUGUGCUGAUUCCAGUGCCUGCAGAAUCCAGAGUAGUUUUGGACUGCCAGAUCAUCAGCUACCCUGUGCUGAAGGUGUCUCUGAAUCUUCAGAAAAAGUCAAAGUAGUGGAAUCUCAUAUCUACGAUAAUAGUCAAACUUCCGUCACAAACUUAGAGAGUCAAGCCAGGUUUAUGGGGGUUGGAUUGUCUGAAGAAUUCCAGAAAAAUUGUGAAGAGAACGUGGACAGUACAAAUGAUCAAAAUGAUAAUGCGAAUGAAGAACAAGGAUCUUUUGUACUUCCCUUGAAACUUGCAGAGCAGGUUGAUAAUGGCUUUCACAGACUGCAUGACAGCAGCACAGAAUCAUCUAUUGAAGAUCCGGAGAAUUUAGUUUUCUAUGGUAGUCUCACAGCUAGUCAUGGUGGCACUUCUCUGGCAGGUGAUCAUGCUGCAGAGGAAGAUUCUUGCAAAAAAAAAGGAGCAAAUGAAAAUGAUGAGUUAUUGGUGGGUGCUGAGCACACGAUGAGUAUUAAUGAACAGCCAGAAGUUCAUGCUGUAGAGCAAGUUGCUCAUGAAAAGGAAGGAGCAAUUGAAAAUGAUGACUUACUGCUAACUGAACUUUGCAGUUCUGGAGGUGAACACCAGGAUAAUGCUCUGAUGAUUAAAUAUUCUCCCCUCAUAUGCCAGCAUGCUUGUGGAGUCCAGUUGAACAGCUCUACUGUUCUUUGCCCUGUACUUCCAUCAGAGAAUGUUCACCAAUCUGUCGAAGCUAAAAGAGUAGAAGUUCUAUAUGCAGAGGAAAUAGUUGAAAAUUCUGCCUUCUUUAGUGAUCAACAGUCAACUGACAACAUGUACCUCCCUGGUCAAGUUGAUGGUUUUAAUCUGGGAUCUUCUUUGAUUGUGAACAGAGAUCAAAAACUGCUUGCAGCAACUGAUGUUACUUCUGCUUCCUUUGUUGGUCUAGGAAAUGAUCCUUGCAGUGGGAUCAAAGAGGAAGAUAGAUAUGUUUCAAUUCCACUAGUAUCCGCGGUUCAAGAUGGAGAUGAUGAUACACUAAUGGAGAUGGAGUGUGAUGAUGAGGAAGAAAAUCAAAUACUUUUGUCAGUGAAGAAUGCUUCUGUCAGUUUAAUGACAGGAAGGCCACUUCCUGAUACACUGACAGGAAUAGAGUUAUCGUCAAGGGAAGUGGAUACCUCAUCUCAUGAAGAUAGCCGUAGUGGUUCCUUUGGACAACACCAGAAAUUGAAGGACUGUAACCUGCCUGAUGUCUCUGUACACGUUGAAGAUCCAUCUUGGCAAGAUGAUGUAGAUCAAACAAAUGAAGAAUUUCAUAGUUUUGAUAAUGCUAUGAAGAAUUCUUCCGCUGUGGUUGGACAACAGCAGCUGUUGGAUGGCAAUUCAUCCAUUGAUUGCUCACUCAAGAUGAAGGGGUUGGCUGGGGAUGAUAACUUAUCCUUGGCUUCUAAUCAAAAUGCACAGUCUGGUUAUCAGCCUGAGCUUCACAGUCCCUGCUUCAUAUUGGAACCUGAUUCACAGGCUCAUCAAGUAUUGUCUUCAAAUAUUGAGAUAUCCACUGUGGACAACUGUCUUAAAGAACCAAAGAGAUGUUUUAUGAGUAGUGGUAGUCUGUACGAAGAUGAUGUCCCUAGAAGCGAAUGUUUAAAGGCUGAUGUUUGUUCCCAAGUAGAACCUGUCCAGAAAGAUAAUUUUGGCAAUGUAGGAAUAAGUUCUGAAGAUGCUAAUGUGGAGGGCGUGUUGUCAGUCUCAGUUGAAAAACAUCAGUCAAAUAUUUACAAUGCAUCACUGGAAGAUGAUGGUGCUGUGGAUGUCAACAGAGAUGAAUUUUCUAUAGCAGAAAGAGUUGAUGUUAUGGUUUCAUCUUGGCAGUCAAGUGAAGAAGUGGGUUUGGAUGUCAAAAACAAUCGAGCAGAACUGCCUGUAAAAAACCAAUGCAUAGAAGCUAGUCAGUUGAAAAGUAGCAUUUUGCCUGAAAAGGCUGAUUCUAGUAUUCCAACAGAAAGUUUUACUUGUGAUGUCCAGAGGCAGCACCAACUUGGUAGUACCUUAAAUUCCAGCAAGGAUACAACCACAUCAGUCCAAGGGGAAAUCUGCAAGAAAGAUGGGAAACAAGAAUCUGCCAUAGUGAAACCUCCACCAGAUGCUGCUCCGUUCUCUGAGGAAUGGUUAGCAGCAUUCGAAGCUGCUGGGGAGGAAAUUCUUACAAUGAAACACGGUGCCGUCCAACAUUCCCCUCCUGACAAGACUCUACCUGAACCCAGUCCAUGGUCACCGGUGAAGCGAAAAAAUAAUCAGGCAAUUGGACCAUUUGACUGUACAAAGUUCAGUAAUAUCUGCAACAGCAUUCCUGAAUCCAGUUCUGAAUAGUCAACCCAUAACUCCUCUAGUCAUUCUUCUGUCUCUAACCAUUGCCAUUUCCUACCACGUGAGGGAGGAAAAAUACAUCUACUAAUUCAUUCAUUUUCUAUCUUCUUGUUCAUCUCUACCUGUAGUGAGGAAUAAUUGCUCGGAGUUCAUGUACUCGUGUUCUCAAUGAGAAAUUGUUCUGCUUCUUGCAGCCAGGAGGAGAAUACAAGGCUAUGUCAUUGCAAUUUUAA